UACAGACUUGUAACAUUAGAAGCUACACAAUUAUAACACGGCCCGGGAAGGGCGAGUUGUGAGGCUAGCGGACGACACCCAACAGACUCCGGCUUUUCCGCACUCUCGCAACCAGCGCAAGUGCCUGACCGCCACCGUGAGGAGGCCCCGUAGCAAGUGCUGGCGUCUCGCGGGUCCACGGUGCGCGUCAAGGUCGCUCGCGGCCUGCCAGUUCCUUGCCGCGCCGGAGCUUGUACUCCUCGAAGGCCGUCUCGUUCGUGUAGCGGUGGAGGCAGUCGUUCAUCCGCCGGUUCUCCGCGCGGCAGUUGAAAACGACCAAGAGGUUCUGUUCGCGGGCGCACCGGGAGAACGCGGCGAGGUGCGCGUCGCAUUUUCGAAUCGCGAUCGCGCUGAGCUCCUUACGUGCUUCGUGCUCCGCGUACUUGGACCACGUGAGGCGCCCGUCGCGUCCGGGAUCGCUGACGACGCUCAUGUGUAUACGUGAAUGCGCCAAACGCAAGGCAGCGCGCUGGCGCAGCUGUCACAGGUCUUUGCGGCACAGCUUCUAGCGACUCAAGCCCAGAAGAAUACGCGAGCGGAUACCAAAAAAACUUCUAUCCCAAGGGUGAUGAUGUCAACACUGGCUACGAGCCCUGUACCAGUGUACUACCACGGUACUAGAGAGCUUACGCUAGCCGUUUUACUGGCACUACGACUUACAGGCUGGCACUCGAGUGCCAAGCUUUCACUCAGAUUGGCACUCGAGUGCCAAGCGCCGAGGGGCAGCCCCGGCUGGGCCCCGGCAGUCGGACGACGCAUUGCAAAAAACGCGGCA